AACAUAAAUAUCCUCCAGCCGUCAAAGGAUAUUCCGUAGUUUUAAGUUGGAAGAGACGGAAUAUCCUUCGGCAUUUCGUUUCUUUUAACCCUUUUAUUUCCUGUGAUGAGCGUGAUCGAUCUCCACGCUGCGGCUGCGUUGUUCUUGGAUCGCCAUGGAUCUGCAUCUCCGCUGCUCGUCCGAUCCAGCGAUGGAUUGCUCUCGCAGGGAUCGCCGCUGCCGCUACCGCCUCGUUGGUCGCAUUCUGGGCAUCCAGGGAUGGAGCUGAUGGAUCCGGGGAGGUAGGAGUCUCUCCAUUUUGCUCCAGGGAAGGGGAUUCUUGAUAUUUCCUCGCGAAUCUUCCAAGGCGAGAGGAUGAUUGAUUGUGUGGCCAAUGGAGGAGGGCCUGUGUCCGAAAUCGUUGAGGCGGCUCCGGCUCCAUCGAUACCGACGAUAGCAGCCACGCGUAGAUCGAAUUCUCCACAGCAGCAGCAGCAGCAGGGAUUGAUGCUGGGCUCCGGCGAUCUGUGCGACGAUCACGACGUCAAGGCCCCAAAGAAGAGAGCCGAGACUUGGGCCCAGGAGGAGAUCCGAGCUCUCAUUGCGCAUCGCCGGGAGAUGGACAGCUUGUUCAACACGAGCAAAUCCAACAAGCACCUGUGGGAUCUCAUCUCGAGCAAGAUGAAGGAGCGGGGAUUCGACAGGUCCCCCACAAUGUGUAUCGACAAGUGGAGGAAUUUGCUCAAGGAGUACAAGAAGGCGAGGCACCACGACAAGAAUGGUGGAGGUGGCAGUGCUAACAAGGUUGGCUGCUUCAAAGAACUGGAAGAUCUUCUGUCCGAGAGAGCCCGGCUAAAUCCAUACAAGAGUCCCAGCAAACUGGAUGCUUCUCCCAAAGUCACUACUACUUCGCGAAACCAGUUCAAUCUGGAGAGCAGGCUGGAGAGCGAAGCAAAUCACCAUCUCAGUUCCUCCAACGAUCUCGCUGUAGCAAACGGCUGGAACUGGAAAGAAGCGGGAGGAGCACAGCGCAGCUCGUUGCCCGCUGGAAAGAUCAUAACUAUCCGAUACAACAGCGUGACGAGGCGCGUAGGGAUCGAUGGCUCGCCGGAUUCAAUCCGAGAGGCGAUCAAGGCUGCUUUCCGGCUGAGAACCAAACGAGCGUUCUGGCUCGAGGACGAAGACGGCGUCGUGUGGAGCAUCGAUCGCGACAUGCCAUUGGGAAGCUACAUUCUCAACCUGGACGAAGGCGUGACGAUCAAAGUUUGCCUCUACGACGAGUCCGAUCGUCUCACGGGAGCCACCGAGGACAAGACGCUGUUCACGGAGGACAACUUCAAGGAUUUCCUAGCUCGGCGUGGAUGGACGGGCGUCAGGCAAGUAGGCGGCUUCCAAGACGUGGAGUUUCUUCACGAGCUCCACCCCCUGUGCGUUUACCAGCGAGCCGGCCUCUUGGGCGCUUGACAGGUUCAUAUAAACUCGUAAAGCUUCGCUCCUUUGAA